AGCCGCUUAGAAUUAAGCCUGGACAAAGAUGGUCUAGGAUUUAAAAAAAAGAAAAGAACUAAAAACUUUCAAGUUACAAAGCUAAUUACCUUUCUUUGAAUGUGAGAGGCAUCAUCAAAAUAGUUUGCUUUAUGAGUUCUUGGCAUAUGUAUUGUCUCCAAUUCAACAUGGGCACACAAUAUCUUACAAUUUUUUACCAAGAUAUCUUUCUUUUCCUGUCUGUGAUUGGAGCUGCUUGAAAUUUUGACAAUUAAGCUUGGACAAGGAUGAUCUAGGAUUUAAAAAAAAAUGAAAAUAACUAAAACUUAAAGUUACAAAGCUAAUUACCUUUCUUUGAAAUGUUAGAGGCAUCAUCAAAAUAAGCAUGCAACUUCUUCAUAAUAAAAAAGAAAGUAUCAGUUUGUACCCAGUAAGUGUUGAUAUGUCAUUAGUAUAUAGAUCUGAAGAAGGGGUGAGUGUAACAGGGAAAGGGAUGGGGAUAUUGUAGUUUAAUUUGGGUGAGAGAUCUAAUAAAGUUUACUUACAACAUCCCAACUGCAGAGAAUUCUUGAUGGUUACAAGUUUGAUGUUUGGGCCACACCAAACGCCAUCUAGGUAAAAGGAAUCCACCUCAUUGAUUAUUGCUUCAUUACCUAAGGUAUCACAUCUUGAGUUGCAUCCUAGGAAAUUGCACGUGCAGAAAGCAAAUGAUCUUGUCUUCACCUGUUCCUCUUUUUGUGAUCUGUGUGAAACCCAGCAAUACACCUAAUACAAUAGUUUAGAGCCUUGCUUCUACAUGAGUAAACCCUUCAUAGUUUAUGAGGCAACCCUAAGGAAUGCUAAAGUGUUUUCUCUCUAUUUGCUUUUUCUAUUCUUUCAUUGCUCAAAAGUAAAGCAUCUCUAAAGAAAGGAAAUUUAUAUCUGGAUGAUCUUUCUAGUAUGUUUUAAAUGUGAAAGAUUGAUUGUCCUUUUUCAAGCAGCUAUUGUACCAACCUACUAGAGCAGGUGCCCCUUUCCAUUUUAUAUCUGUAAUCUAGAACACUUGCAGUUAGGAAAGAUAUUCUGUUAAGAGGAUUUAAUUUUGUAGAAAAUUUUGGUGAACUUUACCAUUCAUUCUUUUUCAAUAGGUAGCUUUCUAUAUGAUUCCUGGAACAUUUUUUCUUUUUAAUUAAAAUGAAAGGCUUUACAGCAUUUGUUAGGUAAGUCAUGUUGUUGUUGCAACUUAUGAGGUAACCAAUGAAAAGAGGGUAAAUGUCAUAAAAUCGAAGUCAUAUUGAUUUUAUCAUUUCAUUUGGAGAAUUAAGUCAUUGUUCUGAUCAUUACAAUUAUCUAUUUUUUGAUGAGAUCCACUUGAGUCAAAUUAGAUCAAGAAAAAUGUUCUUCUGCUUCUAGAAAAUGCAAUUGAGUUGGAGACUAAUGAUAUACGUCUGUGUCAAGCAUCACCAUUCAUUGGCUACUCAGUUCUCGGGCAGCUUGGUCUCUUAAGACUCUGCAGAAAUCGAGUUCUACUUUCUGAUAUGCUGAUAGGAUGAAUGGGGCUUCUUUUUAUGGCAUUGAACAGAGAUCGACUUACCAACCUUUUUUUUUUUUUUGAUUGGUGGCAUGUUGUUUGUACCUGUUUUCAACUUUUAUUGUUAUCUUUCAUCAUCAGUGGCUUGAUUGCUAAUCUAAGUGACUCUGCUUGUCCAAACAGAUUAAUUUUCAUGUAUAAGUCUCUUUUGCUAAUUGGUGUUUCAGGUUUCUUCGACUCGUGGAUGUUUCCUUUCUACGAGUAAAUGAUUUUCCUAGUUUGUGUUUCAUAGUUCUAAUGUUGGUUAAUGAUUUUCCUAUUCUCAUCUGAUAGCUCCUGUUUGCGAUCGGCUCUGUGUGUCUUACUUCCUUGGUUAUCGUCAAAUGAAUAUUCAAAGUUCAUUCAUUACUUGAAAUCCAUCAAGAAGAUAAAUGUUUAAACAAUCUGCUUCUCAGGAAGUUUUCUCCUGUACUUUUCUGGUUUAAUUUAAGAGAUGGAUGCACCAAAAUGUCAUAAUUAAUCAGUCAUGUGAUUGUUGUAUCAUGCCAAUACUAUCUGCAAUAUGUUUUUCCUUACAAAUGAAGUUCAAGAUUCUUCCUUCUCUUCUUUCUUGCAGUACAUAACUCUUAGAAACAAAAUUUUCCAUUCAAUUAAUCUAUCCUUUCCCUUUCAUUCUACCUUUUGAUGAUUACAAGUCUCUGAACUGGAUGAACUGCUACAAGUUGCAGAUUUGUUGUUUGCUACAUGUAUUUUGGUCAUUUACUUCCUAGUUCAAGCAUCUAGAACUUUUCUCCCAAUCAUUUGACUGUUGAUUCUGCUCCCCAACUGUAUGAGUUGCUUGACAUUAAAUGUCUUCCUGCCCUUACUACUAUCAUUCUUUGGUGGUGAAUGCCUCUCUUUUAUGAGCAUCUUUUGAUGUUACUGCCUCCAUAUGAUUGGGAAGAUCCAAUACCCCAUCUUAGAGGGUUAAAGUUGGCUUUCUGGAACUUGGCUUCAGUUGUAUGUUCUUGGUUUCAAACUGCUCAUUUUUCUUCAAGGAUGUAGAAAAGCUCAUCUAAACAUCAUUAAAACUAGCCUUGUGAGAUUAUUCAUGUCCUUCAGGAUGUCUUUUAUCUUUCCUCAUGCUUCACUUAAAUUAAUUAUAGACUGCACCAAGCUGUUUCCCAUGCCUUUGCUUUUGCUCCUAACUUUGACCAGUGGCCAUUGGUUCUUACUUUUAAAAGCUUCCCACUUUAUCUAUCUCCUGCUUACAAAUUCUUAUCCUAUGAAAGAAGAUGACAUCUGCUUACAAGUUCUUCAGAAAGUCCACUAAUUCAAUUUUCCACAUGUUCAAAUUUGACUUGUAGUAGCCGUAAAUGUAAUCCAUUCUACACAUGUUUUAUGUUUUCGGUCUUCUUCCUUGCCCCGUCUCUCUUUCCCUCCACAUCCGGACGUGUUCAUGCCUCGCCCGCCUUUCAUUAUUUAUAUGCAAUCAUAUUUGCAAAAGAUCCGCCCCUUCCACGUCUCAACCCAUCAUAUGCAGCCACGGGCACGCACUGUCGUCGAACCUUCGAGAAGAGGAACCGAAUCGAAGCUUCUCGGUCUGAUCCAUCCACCGAAUCAUCCGUCGCCGUUGGAUCAUAUUCCACUUACUCCAUUACAAUUCCUCCUCUGCCCACCGAAACUAUUGGAAAGCUUCAAGAUCUUUCCCCCGUCGCCUUUCGAACUGUGAAGACUCGCGAGCGGCGUGCGAAGAUGACCCUUGCGGCGGAGCCGGCGGAGGGGCAGCAGCGGUCGCUGCCGACGCCAUUCCUGACAAAGACGUACCAGCUAGUGGACGACCCCGCGGUGGACGACGUGAUCUCGUGGAACGAGGACGGGUCGACGUUCGUCGUCUGGCGGCCGGCGGAGUUCGCGAGCGACCUCCUCCCUAAGUACUUCAAGCACAACAACUUCUCCAGCUUCGUCCGCCAACUCAACACCUAUGGAUUUCGGAAGAUCGUGCCGGAUCGAUGGGAGUUCGCUAACGAUUGCUUCAGGAGAGGCGAGAAGCGCCUGCUUCAAGACAUCCACCGCAGGAAGAUCUCGACGGCGGCGCCACCGCUAGCGCCCGCCACGAUCCCGGGGACAGCGCAUGUGCGACGGGCCAGAUCGUCGACGUACUCGGGCGAGGAGCAGGUGCUGUCAUCGAAUUCCUCCUCCGGGCCGCCGCCGAACCACUCGGCCACGACGCGUCCCCGCGGCGAGGCGGAGCUGGGGGAGGAGAACGCGUGGUUGAGGAAGGAGAACGAACGGCUCUCCCGCGAGGUGGCGCAGAUGAAGAAGCUAUGCAGGGAGAUCGCAACGCUAAUAUCAAGGCACGCGUCGGGCCGGCAGGAGCGCGGCGAAGGGGUGGAAGGCCAGGAGGCGGCCGCGCCGUUGCUAGAGCUGAUGCCACCUGGUCCCGCGGCGGAGGAAGUGGAAGAGGAGGAAGAAGCCACGAAGAGUGAGGUGCCUCCGGGAGCAAGCCCGAAACUCUUCGGAGUGUCGAUCGGGGUGAAACGACCUCGGUUGGAGGACAGCGACGGCCCACCCGUAUCGCAGGAGGUAAAAACGGAGUCGGUCGAAUCCGCGUGGCCAAACCCGAAGGAUGUGUCGCCAGAACGCGGCGGCCGGCAGCCGUGGGUCAUCCACUGCCCCCGGCCGUCCCGGAAAGCAUGCAUCACGCCGGACCGGCCGAUCGACGACGGGGCGCGCACGUGACUGCGGGGCGACAUCACGUGUUUCUAACUGCACAUAAAAUAGUACUUAGUAAUAAUGAGAUAAAAAUUUUAUCUAA